CGUUGUGGUUGUUGUUAGCGUAGCCUAGCAUGUGUCGUUAGUAACAGAGAUCGAUACAGCGUCGGUUAUUAAUCAAUGAAACCGUUCGACUCAGACGAGGAGGAAGCGGAGCAGCUGGAUGUUUACCAGAGGGAGCUGAGGCAGCGGGCCAACCAGAGCAUACAGCAGCUGAGCAGUACUCUGGAGCAGCUGAGCCCCGAUGGAGAAGAGGCGGAGGAGCUCAGAGGAAGUGAUGGCAGCCUCCUCACCGCCAUGGCCGAGGAGGAAAGGGCUGCAUGGAGCCAAAAGACACAGAGCGAAGCAGUUAAUCAGCUGAAGAGCCUUCUGCUGAAGCAGUGCAGAGAGAUUCCCUCCGCUCUCUCUCCUUCAAAGAAACAGUCUCCAUCCAAGAGACUACGGGAGGAGGGAAGGUCCAGUUUGCCUGCUUUUCACGAUUUGGUGCCAAUGAUUCACAACCAGUCAGAGUACAUCCAACACCUGGAAGCUGAGGUCAAAUUCUGCAAGGAAGAGCUGCAGGGGAUGAAGCAGCGGAUCAGAGUGGUGGUGGUGGAGAAUGAGAAGUUGCAGUCGGACCUUAAAUCCAAAGCUGUGAAUGAAUCUCUGAAAGACUACACAUUUCAAAACUCCACGGUAAAUGAGAGUAUAGCAGCAAAUAGCCACAAGGGCUCCAAUACAAGCUACAGUGUGCUGCAGAAAGCAGAACACACUACAUGGAAAAAUGAGCUGGAACAAUUGAAAGGGAUCUACCAGGCUCAGAUUGAAAGCUUGGAGGCUCAGGUCAUCUCCCUCAGGAAGGAUCUGUCAGUCAGCCAGAAGGAGUGUGAGGAGGUGAAGGUUCGCCUGAGACACCGGGAAAAACAGGCUGCAGAUGCACUGAGGGCUGAUGGAUCUCCCCGUGUAGCGGGAUUGUGUCUGAAGUGUGCACAGCACGAGGCUGUAUUGGCUGGGACUCACACAAAUCUGCAUGUCCAGGCUAUUGACAGGCUCACAAAGGAGCGUGAUGAGUUAGUGGUGGCUCUGCGUGCCGUGCGGGUUAGUCAGCAGGAGGCUCAACAGAGGGAGUGGUCUGCCUGUCUCCAGGUCAAACAGGCUGUGGAGAUGGCAGAAGAAGCAAAUCUGUACAAAGCUAGGGUGGAGGUUCAGUGCGAGCAGUUGUCCAGGGAGCUGGCUCGACACAGGGAACAGUUAGAACGAGAGGCACAGGCCCUGCAGGAGAGACUGGCUGAGGCCAGAGAGGAGGGCCGUGCUGAGGCCCGCAAACAGAAAGAGGAGCUGGCACAUACAGUGUCCAGCCUCUCCCAGCGUGUUGCUGAGCUUGAAGGGCAGCUAGACCGAGCUCACAGAGACAAGAGCUCACUGACCAGUCAGCUUGAAGAUACUCUUUGCAAACUUACCAGUCAGGAACAAGACAAUACCAAGGUGUGUGUGGAUCUGAGAUAUCAGCUCAGCCAGGCCCAACUGAAGAGAGAGGAGGCAGAGAGAGAACUCCGAGAGCUCAGCAACAAGACAAGCAGACAGAUGGAAAAGGCUGCGCAGGAAGUGGAAAGGCUGAGCUCAGAGCUGGUUGGCUGUCGGCAGCGUCUGGAGGCGGUCCAAAAGGACGGGAGCCAAUGGCAGGCCGAAGCCCUGAGCCUAGCAGAACAGCUGGCAAAUGCCCAGCGCCAACUGCACCUCACCAGACAGGACAGAGAUGGUGCAGAACGGGCUCAUGAGGAGGAAAUGGCGUCUGUGACCCUCUCAGCACGGGAGAGGGAGAGAGAGCUGGCUGUGUUGCUGGAGCAAACAGAGGCUCAACACCAGCAGAGAGUUGGAGAGUUGGAUGGUCUGCUGAGUUCCCAGAAUUCCCUGAUCAGGAAGCUAAAGGACGAAUGUUGCGUGCUGGGAGUCAAACUGGAAGAGCUGACAGAAAACAGCAGAAGUGAGAUGGAGCAGCUGGCCCUGGAGAAGCAACAUCUAGAAGAGACAGUAAAGAGUCUGAGAGCUCGCUGCUCCGACAUGGAGGAACAGUGUGUCCAGCAUGGCCGCAUGCACCAGCGCAUGAAGGACAGACUGCAGCAGUUGGACCGUCACUGUCAGAGCAGCGCCCAGCAGGUGUGUGAGCUGCUGGCCAAACAGAACCAGCUGAUGCAGGAAAGAAACACACUCACCGAGGAGAUGCAGACCCUACACAUAGAGCUCCCGAACGCCAGACGAGUCGAUGCUCUGUCCACAUGAGUCUGUCCUGCCUGUUUCCUCCUCUGGUCUGUUUGGAUUCAGAGUUAUCUCCUGUCGACGAAAACACAUCAAACUGUUAUUUAUGCUUUUUUACCCAAAGUGCAGGGAAUCAGGUGUCCUCCUGUUUUGUUAUCAGGUUUCCAGCCUAUAUUUUACAUUUGGCAAUAGACUGUUACUGCAAUAUAUUAAGUGGUUAGAGGUACUUUUUUACACAUUUAAUAAGCAAAAUCACUGGUGCACUAAUAUGAGCUUUUGGAAUUCCCUAAAUCAUAAUUUUAAUACAAAUUUUCUACAUUUUCUUUUUUUCCCCUUUUCUUUUAUUCGAAAUAAAUAAAACGUUUUACAUUUUGUAUGGGAAAAAGUCUAAACUCAUUUCUUUUUUAGCCACAAAGGAAACAAGUCGACACCAUUGCAGCAGAUUGACAUAGUGCUUUAUUGAAGCUGUCUGUAAGAAGGAAAAUAAUGUGCAUCCCUAUCAUAUACAUUUUAUGUGUAAAAAUACUAAGGAUGUACAGUGUAAAAAACAGCUUCAUGUUGAUGGUAAUUUGUUGUUUUCACAUCCUCGCGGCCUCACUGGCCAGCAGGACUGUAUCCUAACAGCAUGAGGGACAGAAAAGGCUGUUUGAUCGAUCUGCUGAGUUUUCCCAACACUGUCUCAGAGUCAACAUCCUCUCUGCUCCACUGACAUGUUGUAGAGCAGAGCUGACUUCAGUGCUACAGUGCUUCAGGGAAACGUGGCCCACUCUGCGAACAGCUGGCAGCUGUCCAGAAAUGUCUCACACAACUGUAAAGCUACAGUAGAUGAACAUGGACAUGAAAUUAAAACUCAGUUACACUUUGUAAUAUUUGUACAUGUUUGCCGUUUUUUGUUUGCUGUUUAUAAAUAAAUGCAUCUCAUGCUUGUUCAUGUUAAUAAUCAUGAUGAUAGACUAGUACCAGAGAGAGGGGAGGGAGGGGGAAUGCUAUCGCAGACAUGAGGUCAAAUACUUUCAGAAAUCCUUCCAAACACUGGAGCCGUUUACUUGUUAUCUGCAUUAAACGCCGGGCUGAGGGCGGCUUGUGAUUUCUGGCUGACGCCGUCCGUUCAUUAACAACGGGUGAGAUCAAUACAGAGCAGCUGAGGUCUUUGAAAGGAUUUUACAUAUUCAAAUACUAUUGGAGUCAGAUCUGAUGUGUGAUAGAUGUACAGUAGAAACAGCAGCAGCUUUAAGAGUGAACGCUGUCAGUGCAGCGUCAGAUAUCUCACAUACUGUCGAUUCACACCAGUCUAGGGCUCCGGUAAAGCUGUGAGGAGGCUUAAACUGAGCUUCAGCACCCCGUUUAAGAACCUCUGUUUGGUGAAACUAUUGAGACAAAAGUUACGGACAUGUCCCCUCGACUGAUUCAUAGUCUUUAAGGGAAAACCCACGUUGAUGAAGAGGAUAACUUAGCUCCACCUUCUCCACUUGCAGUAUUUUUUUUAUGAUCUCUGACCUUUUAGCAUCAGCUUCUGGCAUUGUUGCUGCCAGUAAGUGAACUUGAAUCUGUAGAACAAGUUGUUGAACAAGGAGAGUUGGAGGCUCACCGGGGUGAAAACUUUUCAAAACGAGAGUAGGAGGAGUCAGUGGAGUAGCAACGAUUGCUCAGUGGGUUUUUCCAAACAUUUUAGUUUCUGAAGACUGACCAAUUCACUGACAUCCACUGAGCUCCACAGCCCGCUCUGCAGUGGCAGCGCUGACUCGUCUCUGGCAUGUGGGACACAAUCACCCGGGUCUUGCCAACUCUAGAGAGCAACAUCAAAGCUAUCGGUCGUAUGUGGAGGGGAGAUGUGCUUUUAAAAUCCUCAGUUUCUUAAAAACAUUAGAGAAAGAAAAAAAAAAAGCUAAAAAUCUUCCUUUAAAGCAGGGCUGAAUCAGAUUCCUCUGAAUCAUAUAAAAAGUGAUGGAUGUGAAAGUGCUGUGGCCAAAGCUACAAAGCGGUAUUUUAUGAACUCUGGUUUCUAAUGAUUUUGGCGGUAAGCGUGCACAUACAGCUAGAACUCCUCAGUCACUCGCAGACCUGGGUCAAAUCAAAGCUGAAAUCCUUCCAAAUACUUGGGAGCGUUUGCUUGAGCCUGUCGAGGGUGCCAGCUGGGUGGGAUUCGCCUGCUUCAGCUGUGCCAGACAGGCUCAAUCGAUCACAGAGAAGUAUUUUUCAUAAGAGUUCAGAGUGCCACUUUGACUCGGGACUGGUAGUGCGGAACGAGGAGGACUACAGCAUGCAGGCCAGCGCCAUCCUUUUAUACUUUCUGCCAUAAAGCGCCUUUGCUAGCUAAUAGCAAUUUAAUGGAUGUGCAAGAGUAAAGCAUAUGGACUUAAGAGCAGCGGAAAAACAGGUAAUGUGUCGUAUAAGAGAUAUCUGUAAAGAAAAGAAAAAAAAAAAAGGAGGCAUUUAUUUUUAGAACAAAGUCUGAAGACUUAAACUGCAGAGUGAAACACGACUACACCCCCUUACUGCUAAACUCCAAAACAAAAUGACAUCAAAUAAAUUAAAUAGAAAAGAAAUUCAAGUUAUCCAUCAAUGAUAAUAAUAAAAACAUUCAAAUAAAUAUAUUGGAAUACAAUUCCCUAUGCCUAAUAAGAGCACAUCCCCUGGUACUCUCUUUUUAAUCCGUCAUUCAGAUAUUGAAGGGGAAGUCUUCCACGUUUCCUUUUUUUUU